AUGGUCGCCAUCCAACACGUUUUCGCAGACCGCCUCCCCGUCUUGGCCGCCCUCGCCGGUGGUGCCAGCUCCGACCCAGGCGGGCAGCUUGAAGAUGUCUGGGCGUGGCUCGUCCAGCACUGGGGCGAGUUCGCCCUGUGGGCUUCGCAGCGUCACGUCGUUAUCGCCUUCCUCGCCUGGGUUAUCACUUUCACCGUCGUCUGCAUUAUCGGUCUCGGUUUGGGUUUCGGGCCUGCCGGCGUUGGCGCUGGUUCUGCCGCUGCUGUCUUUCAGUCAUGGGCCUACGGCGCCUGGACACCCGCCGGAGGCAUCUUUGCUACGCUCACGAGCAUGGCCAUGAUCGGCACCUUGGCGCCUGCCAUCUUUAUCGCUGCCGCAACCGUGGCUACCCUCGUCACGGCUAUCGUGUGGCUGGGCGGUGCAGGACGGGACGGCUCGGUGCUGGCGCUGGGCUUUGGAGGCUAG